CGCGCGAUGGACGACAAGCCCACCGCCGUCGGCGGCGAGGAGCACUACAGCCUGCGCUGGAACAACCACCAAGCACAUCUGCUGCGCUCCUUCGAGGCACUGCUGCAUGCCGAGACGCUGGUCGACGUCACCCUGGUGUGCGCCGAGCGCCGCGUCCGAGCCCACAAGGUCCUCCUGGGCGCGUGCAGUCCACUAUUUCGGCGGAUAUUCAGCGAGAAUCCGUGCAAGCAUCCUGUGAUCGUGUUGAAAGACUUCCAAGGAUGGGAAGUGCAGGCGGUAGUGGACUUUAUGUACCGUGGAGAAGUUUCUGUGGCUCAAGAACAGCUGGGAACUGUUAUUCGAGCGGGAGAGUCGCUACAGGUGCGAGGGCUGGCUGAUCAGGAUCGUGAGGAGCAGGCUCGUUCUCCUCCUCCCACUCCGCUGGCGAGGAGCCCGAUCCAGGCGACGCCGCCGGCGCCGUCCCCACCAGUGAGCCCCGCGAGCCCGCAGCCACGACGCAAGCAGGCCCGUCCACGACGCCGUUCGGGAGAGUCAGAUACGCCGGAGAAUUUGUCGAUGCGCCGAUCCCCCAGCGGUGGACUGAAGGCGGUGCGCUUGGCGAGGCCCAGGUCGCCACCGAAACAAGAGCAGAGUGAUGAACAGGAAGCGGAUUUACCGCCGCCACCGCGGAUGUUUCCACCACAUCAGGAUAUGUUCCCACCGGUGCCACCAGCCGCCGUGUCCGCUCUGUCUCUAACACCACCACACAUGUUCGGGCUGGAUUCGCCCCUAGGCCUUUUCCCGCCGGGGAUGGAGCACAAGAUGUACCCACUGAUGGACGUGGAACACAGGGGACCGCCGUUAGAUACACAACUCUUCACAAACGUCAAAAAGAAAUGGAGACCGAAAGGGCAACACAGCGCACCACGAGGCGGUCCACCCAGGUCGUGGACGAACGCCGAACUUACAGAGGCACUGCAACACGUAUGGAACAAGAAAAUGACUACGAGUCAAGCGUCAAGAAUCUUUGGUAUACCUUACAAUUCGCUAUUGAUGUAUGUACGCGGAAAGUAUGGUAAGAGUUUAAAGCUAGAGCAGCUCCGGAAAGACUGCAUCGGUGGGCCGCUCGACGUACUUAAUCUGAAUUCUGGCAACAACAACAACAACCACCCGCCGAGUAAACAUCACGAUAAGGACGACCAUCAAAACUCAAGCCAAAGACCUGCGAGCUCCGAACCGGAUAUCUCUUCAAAUCCUAUGUUCAACCCGUUCCCUCAAGGGUUUUAUCCUGAGUUUCCCCCGGGCUUCCCGAUGCCGCUGAAUAUGUUGCAUCUACUCCCGCCGAACGAUAAAGCGCGGGAACUGUAUCAGUCCAUGCCGAUGGCUCUAGACUCACUGUCGGGCGUGACAAAAGAAGAGGACUGCAAGAGUGACCGGUCGAAGGAGAACUCUGCGGACGAGGAGGGCGACUCGUACCGCGCACCCUCGCAUCCGCCGCAUCCGCCUGAUAACCGUACACUUCUCCAUCACAACGGGCAAGAUUAAUUGCACCGUCUUCCAACUGUAAACAAAGUCUUCGAAUCUCACUGUACCUUCGGCUGCUAAACGAGGACCUUAUAGUAAGAUCUUAUGGAUGUACUAGCUGGUCGCUCUAUUACGGACUAAACUAGAUUAGGUAUCGAAUGAGAAACACUUGAGGAUAUAGGUAAAACUGGAAUUUGGUUAGUGAAUUACCAAAUUAUUCAGAAUGAAGUUACCUUUUGUGGGUACCUAAGAAGUUCUUUAUUAUUUUUAUCUAUUUUUGUAGAUCCUUUUCAAUAUACUACAGUACCUUUACCAUAUAUUUAUGGGUGGUACAAACUGUUUUCGUAUUUUUUAAAUAACUUUUCUUUGAGUCUGUAAUGAGACGGGUUCUCUGCGCGUACGUUAUGUGGGUAUGAUGUGCAAUAUUUGCUCGGAGAUGGAUAUUACUUAUGAUCUCUAUGAAAUGCACUAUAAAAGUUUCAGUUUUGCUAUGUGUUUCCCCAAAAACUGUGUAACAAUAUUUUUAGAGAGUAUUUGUGAACACCUCCGUAGCUCGCGACGAGCGACGUCCACAUUAAAAUUAGUUAAAUUUAUAUUUAAAGAUGUGUUAAUAUUGUAAAUGUAUAUUAUAUCGCGCGUAAGUGAUAGGCGAUAAUUUAUUCCGAAGGAGUGCAAUAAGUAUGAAAGGUGUUGUGAUUGUUAUCGUUAAGACUUUCUGAAUACAUUUUUAUUGUUAACAUUCCAUUGCAACAUUCCACGUUAGGUGGUCGAUUACCCCAUAUCGUUUGUGGUGUAAACUGCCCAUAUUUUGUUUAGUGUAAGAAAUAUGUUUCGCUUGGUACGAUAAGGUCCCUGUUGUGUUACAAUCCCAAUGUAGAUAUUAUGUGUUAAAUGUGCGAUUCCAUUUCUGCAUUUCACCAAAGUUUGUAAAAUAUUUCGUAAUAAUAGAUUAUAUUCGAUGAUAAACAAUUUUAAAUGUAAAUAGUUAUUGAUAAAUUUAAUUGGGGGGAUGGGGAUAUAAAGAAAUAACCAUUAUUAUGGACAUUAAGUGUCUAAAAUGGUAAAGAGUAGUGUAUUUGUAAUUGUUGUAGUAUUUAGUGAAGUGAUUAACAGUGAACUGUUCUGGUAGGGAAGCUGGCACGAUACAGAUGGUCCGCGUCGCACUAGUCAAACAUUUGCCACUGACACCAACAAACCGCUGAGUUCCAUCACAACCAUUGUACCAUCUAACUCAGUCGUCACGACACCCAAUUGUACAAAUUCCACUGCAAUUGAUAACUGCAAAUGAAGUGUCAAGGUACUGUAUAGAAUUACAAGUCUAUAUUAUAUGUUGAUUCUGAUUAAGGUUUCGUUGGAGGCUGAAAUAAUUCAGCUGAAAAUCUGAACGUAACUCAUUCCGUAUUACUGUUGUUCUUUAUUUUAAAAGAUUAUUUUUUUAAUAUCUGCUCUAAUCUAGAUAUAUUAAGUUAUCUUAAUCAUUUUGUACUUAAUUUUCACUUGUUAUUUUUCCAUUUCAAUAAUAUAUUUACCAUUUAAGAUUACUACUUAAUUACAGUGAAAGUUAAGUAAAUUAUGAUUAAUACUAUUACCUACAAUAUUGUAAGUCAACUGGUUUUAAAUUUAUGCAAGGCUCACAGUAAUCCAGGAUGAAUUGCGUUUGAUUGUUUUUCUCUCAAAAGCUAUCUGAACGACCAAUUCAACGUACCAAAGGACAGUGCGCGUCAGGUUAGACAAAUUAAAGUAUCUGCACUCAAUGUUCAAAUAAAAAGGAGCUUUCAAGAUUUUAGUGAAUAAUAAUGAAAGUUAGAAUAAAUCGAGGUUCAAUCCUACCUGGCUUUAGAUAAUUGUAUACAAUGAUUUCAUAUUGAUUAGUGGUACCAAGUGACUAGAAACGUAAACGGUCUACUUAUUGUAUAUACGAUUUAUUUGUAUAGCUAUUAUUGAUUUUUAACUAUGUUGAAAUUUUAAUGUUUCCUUUAUAACUAUGCUAUGAACAUUCCCAAAUAAGUAACAGUAUUUUCUUUGUUAUUGUCUCGCAACAAUCGAGCGCACCCAAUCAUCUCCAGCGCGAGAAAUCCACGAAUCAUUAAAUUUAUUUCAUUAAAAUAUGAUCAAAGACACAUUUUAAACUGCAAAAACUCGUUAACAGAAGACUGAACACUAUUUACGACUCUAUUUUGUAUAAUUCUUGUACAUUACACAAUUAACACAGUAAUUCUGACCGACAGCUAGCCUCACACAGCACGUAUAGCAGGAAUAGAGCACCUAGUGUCACGUCAUACCUAUAACAAUAUUAUCAUUACAGGGAUUUUAUAUAUAAACUAAUUACAUCGUAUUAUUGAAUAUUGAACUAUAGUUUAUCGGCAUACUAUUGCUUUCACUAAUUUGCAUUUAUUGGUUUUUAUAGAAGCUACAUAUUCCAUGACUUUAUGAUAUCUCACGUAGGUACCUACUUAAUUGUAAAAUAUAUAAGGUCGAUGGAAUAACUAAUAAUGUCUGUAUAAAAAUACAUGUGCCAAAAAAAUAUCUUUAUCAGCACCAUGUUUGGGUAACGAUGGCUAUCUAUGUUGGUCAAGCGCUUUAACGUUUCCAAGCCUCCGCCACAAUCGCUCUCUAUAAUAUAAUUUUAUAUUAGACCAUAAUUUCCUAUUAUUUCUAUUUUUAUGUUGUGAACAUGUGAUUGUAUAUUGUGUUGUCGGACAAUUACCUAAUUCGUACAAAUUCAGCAGUAUUAGAGUGAUUUUGUUAAAGUUUUAAUUGAGACGUUUUAAUUAAGUUUGUUAUUUGUUAAUAAGAUUGAAGAAAUAAUUAUAUUAAUAAGUUAUAUUGGAAGUUCCGCCCCGGCGGAAGUCCCGCGUGUUCAUUCCACAUUAGGUCCGAGUUGCGUUGUUCUACUUGUAUGCCUAGUGCUUCAGUUCCUGUAGUAAUUGAUGGUUUCCUUCUCAAGUCUAGACCUGCGGCAUGUGACAGGCGCUACCGACUAACUACUUACUUGAUCAUCGGCUUCUCGGCACUUUUCAUUAAGCAUAGAUAAUUAUUACAAAUGAAUUUCAUCAGGAGCCAAAUCUAAGGACGUAAAGUAUAGUUAAUAUAUAUAAGACAUUGCGUACUUAUUUUUAGUUGAUAAACAUGUGAUUCUAUUAAUUUAGUAGAUACAAAUAUUUAGUUCCUUCAUUUUUGUUACGAGUAUUUAUAUAUAUGUAUAAUUGCAAUGGUUUAGCUUUUAAAUAAUUGUUCUCUCCCAUAAAGAGUAUAAUUAAAUAUAAGUUGUGUAAUUUAAUUUGUUGUAUUUUGCUUAAUAUAAUGACAAAUUAAAUGAUAUCGUUACAUUAGAGUGUAAAAAAGAUUAUCUAUUUGAUCUUAAAUAAUACGAAAAAAUAUUUAUGUUCUAGUAUCAUUCUAUCGUGUAAUUGAAUUGAAAUGAUGGAGCGAUGUAGUAAAAUUCGUUUACGGUCACCGACGUAAAGUGUAAAAAUAAAAAAUAUGAA